CUUACAUUGUGUGUUAAUAGCCUGCAUCCAACCUUUAUUUAUAGCCCUCUCCCAAGUAUUAAGGAUCUUGAAAAUUUAGUGUUGACAACGGCUAUUGUGGAACAGCAAUCAUGACUGUGGGUAAGAGUAGCAAGAUGCUGCAGCAUAUUGACUAUAGAAUGAGAUGUAUCCUGCAAGAUGGAAGAAUCUUCAUUGGCACAUUUAAGGCUUUCGACAAGCAUAUGAAUUUGAUUCUCUGUGAUUGUGAUGAGUUCAGGAAGAUCAAGCCAAAGAAUGCAAAACAGCCAGAACGUGAAGAAAAAAGGGUUUUGGGUUUGGUCUUACUACGUGGGGAGAACCUGGUUUCCAUGACUGUGGAGGGUCCACCUCCUAAAGAUACUGGCAUUGCUCGUGUACCACUUGCUGGCGCUGCAGGUGGCCCUGGGGUUGGAAGAGCAGCUGGCAGAGGGGUACCAGCAGGUGUACCUAUUCCCCAAGCACCUGCUGGAUUAGCAGGCCCUGUCCGAGGAGUUGGAGGCCCAUCCCAGCAGGUCAUGACCCCACAGGGAAGAGGCACUGUUGCAGCUGCUGCUGUAGCUGCUACUGCUAGCAUUGCAGGAGCCCCAACUCAGUAUCCACCAGGACGGGGAACACCACCUCCACCCGUAGGCAGAGCAACUCCACCUCCAGGCAUUAUGGCUCCUCCACCUGGUAUGAGACCACCCAUGGGCCCACCAAUCGGCCUUCCCCCUGCUCGAGGGACACCUAUAGGCAUGCCCCCUCCAGGAAUGAGACCCCCUCCACCAGGAAUUAGAGGCCCACCUCCCCCAGGAAUGCGCCCACCAAGACCCUAAGAUACAGUUGAUAAAUCUCAGCCCUUCUCUUUCCCUACAAUGCUUCUUGUGAAAUUGUGUAGCCUGCAAGCUUUUUGACCCCUCUUACUGCAUUAAUUAUAGAUAAUAAAUACAUAGAGCAAUUCAA